GCCUGCCAAUGCAACGAACCCGACUAUUGGCUGUCGGUCGGAUUGUGAGACACCCAGAGAAAUCUCGAGAGUGUAUGAAGCUCACUGCUAAGUUCGAGCUCCCCCUCGACGAGUCGGUCUACGUUCGGCAACAAUGAGUACAUCGGAGACGUUGGAUCGAAUGGAGCUCUGUGAAAGUCUUCUAACAUGGAUCCAGACAUUUGGAGUAGAGGCGCCAUGCAAGACUGUAGAAGACUUGACUAGUGGUGUCGUCAUGGCCCAGGUUCUACAGAAAAUAGAUUUGGUGUAUUUCAAUGAUGCUUGGAUUAGCAGAAUCAAGCCAGAGGUUGGGGACAACUGGAGGUUAAAGAUCUUGGGCCAGCACAUUAACGACUUUACACUUCCUGAUGUAAACCUGAUUGGAGAACACUCYGACGCAGCAGAACUUGGGAGGAUGUUACAGCUUAUAUUGGGCUGUGCUGUUAACUGUGAACAAAAACAAGAAUACAUUCAAACCAUAAUGAUGAUGGAGGAAUCAGUACAGCAUGUUGUCAUGACAGCCAUCCAAGAGCUGAUGAGUAAAGAGACGCCAGUCACAGGAGGAAAUGACUCMUAUGUGGAUCUAGACAGACAGCUGAAGAAAACAGCUGAGGAGCUGAAUGAUGCCUUGGCAACCAAGGAAGAGAUUGCCCAGAGGUGCCGUGAGCUUGACCUGCAGGUGGCAGCUCUGCAAGAAGAAAAGAGCAGUUUGUUGGCAGAAAACCAGGUCCUGAUGGAGAGGCUCAACCAGUCCGACUCCAUAGAGGACAUCAACAGCCAUGCUGGACGCAGACAUCUCCAGCUGCAAACACAGCUGGAGCAGCUUCAGGAAGAAACAUUCAGGUUGGAGGCAGCAAAAGACGACUACCGGAUUCGUUGUGAGGAACUUGAAAAGGAACUUGUGGAUGUGAAGUCCCAGAAUGAAGAGCUCACAACUCUGGCUAAUGAAGCCCAGUCUCUCAAGGAUGAGAUGGACGUCCUCAGGCACUCGUCUGACAAAGUGUCAAAACUGGAGGGCACAGUGGAGCACUACAAGAAAAAACUGGAAGACAUGGGGCUCCUCAGGAGACAGAUUAAACUUCAGGAAGAAAAGAACACAGUCUUAAUGCAGACCAAUGUCAGCUUGGAAGAAGAGCUUCGAAAAGCCAACGCUACCAAAGGUCAGCUGGAGACUUACAAGAGACAGGUGGUUGAACUUCAAAACAGACUAUCAGAAGAGUCUAAAAAGGCAGACAAGAUGGAGUUUGAGUACAAACGUCUCAAAGAGAAAGUUGACUCUCUGCAAAAAGAAAAAGAUCGGAUGAGGACAGAGAGAGACUCAUUGAAGGAGACUAUUGAGGAACUGCACUGCGUCCAGGCUCAAGAGGGACAACUGACAUCAAGUUUGUUCCCGCUGGGCAGCAAUGAUGGCUCUGAUUCACUGGCUGCUGAGAUCACCACUCCUGAAAUUCGAGAACAUUUGAUUCGUCUUCAGCAUGAGAACAAGAUGCUGAAGCUGGCCCAGGAGGGCUCUGAUAACGAGAAGAUCGCGCUGUUGCAGAGUCUGCUGGAAGAUGCCAACAGAAGACAGAGUGAACUGGAGACAGAAAACAGACUAACCAAUCAACGCUUGAUGGAGGAACAGAGUCAAGUAGAGGAGCUCCAAAAGACUGUCCAAGAACAGGGUUCUAAAGCAGAUGAUUCUUCUGUUCUAAAGAAGAAAUAUGAUGAACACAUGGAAAAAUUACGAGAAGUGAACAACGAGUUACUGAAGAAAAACGCUCUAAUCGAUGAAAUGGAGCCGAAAUACAACGCCAGCUCCCAACGAGUGGACGAGCUAGAAGAGGCUUUGAAAAAAAAGGAUGAAGAGAUGAAACAGAUGGAGGACAGAUACAAGAAAUAUCUUGAAAAAGCCAAAAGUGUUAUUAGGACUCUGGACCCAAAGCAGAACCAGGGCUCAGGUCCCGAAGUCCAAGCUUUGAAAAACCAGUUACAGGAGAAGGAAAGAAUGUUGCAUUCACUGGAGAAAGAAAUGGACAAGGCAAAGAGCCAGAGAGAUCACGAGGAGAGAUUAAUUGUUUCAGCCUGGUACAACAUGGGCAUGUCUAUGCAGAAGAAGGCGGCUGAAGACAGACUUGCCAACACCGGCUCUGGUCAGUCCUUCCUGGCCCGCCAGAGACAAGCCACCAGCUCACGCCGCUCCUACCCAGGCCACGUCCAGCCAGCUACCACAAGAUCCGUGAGGUAAAUAUUCCAGGUCAGACUGCCUGAAUCUUGCAUCCCUUUUUUUUUCCCCCAACAAAUCUUACUUUCACCUUGACUUCAAGAUGCAAGACUUUGACCAUAUUCAAACCUCAGUAUAUUUGAUAUAAAGACUAARCACUCCCAACAUCCUCUCUUCCUCCAUCUCAACCUCCAGCUGAACUUGUUCUGCGUGACAAACCGUUCUCACUCAGAUAAUUUGGACUCGGAAGGAAUUGCAUCUUCUUGAAAAGACACUGUCGCUUUUGAUAAAAGGGACUGUUCUACCUUURCAUGCAGCAUCGAUGCACUUCUCUGCCUUUGAUACCAUCUGAUGUUCAUGUUUGUUUUUAACAGGAACUGACUGUCCUGAGCAAUGUUUGAAUUCUAACUUUUAUCUGACUUUAAAUCAGUCUUAAAUAUGUUAAGUUGUUGAGUCAUAGGACGGUGUAUUCAUGUAUCAGUGCUUAAUUUGCUCUGUUUAAGUUUGAAUUUAUUGAUUUAGUGGGACUGCUUUKUCUGGGAGACAACAGUUGACUGUUGGUGGGGGAAAGUGAAGCAAUAAUUUGGGAUUUUUUUUAGAUGAGUCACUUUAUCUGGUUUUUAAGUUGUUUUCCAAAGGUGCAAUCCAGAGUGAGGUUGAUUUGUAAAUGCUGCUGCGCAUCAACGUUUCUACUAGAUUGUCUGUAGCUAAUAAUCUGGACUUACUGUCGAGCAAAACCACUAGUUUCACCUCUACCAGCAUUUACAGAGUUCUGUCAGACAGUGAACUGUGUGCCAUAGUGUUUCUUUGUCUUCAUUAUUUCAGAGGUUUUAAAGGCUGUCCCUUUUUUAAACGAGAUAAAAAAUAUCUCUGAUGUGGAAACUCUGGGACAAAAAGCUGGCAGUAACCAGUGUUUUACAUAAAGCAGAUUUUUGUUCUUCCAUAUCACUUAGGAUCAGUUUUUUUCUGUUAAAGAAAUUUUUUUUCACUGAACGCUACACAGGAAGUUUAUARCAAUGCUCAUCUGCUCUCAUCCUCUUUAAAAUACUUUUUUAAUUUCAUUUUUAUCAUUUUAGGACAUAAUAUGAAUAAUGUAUUAAUGUAUUUUAAUUUGAUCUCUGUACGUCAGCAUCAUGAGCACUAACAACUUCCUCUGCAGCGUUGUGCACAGGGAUGGGGGUCAGGAAGCAAGCAAACUUUUCUCGAUUGAUUAUUUUUUCCCAUCAGUUGGGUAACUCUACCUAUCAUUCUUGUUACUGUCUUCAUCUCCUCUCCCUAACCUCCUCCUUCCUCUGGUGGACACGCCUGCUUGUGCUUCAAGUCUGUUACGACUCAGCGUGUUUUACAAACGUCCUCGAAGGGAGCCGCAGUAUUUUCUGUUGAACAAGCUGUCUCUGUAGUAUUUGUGAGGGGUUUUGACAUUGGCUGCCCAGUUUGGGAAACCUCAGUGACAAAUGUUCACAUCUUUCUGUUUACAAAGGAGCGAGGUGAUGUUUGAGAGCUUAAACCCCUUCAAUAAAUGUCCAACCUCCUCUUACCUUUUUAUUGCUUUAUUAAAACAUAAAAAGCUUCUUUUUUAAAACACACCAAGUAUUGAUUACAGCAAGUUCCGAACUAAAGGCCGGCGUAUCAAUGUUUUUUUUUUUUCUUUUCUUUUUUUUUUUCUUUUUUCUCGGCAAUAGGAGCAGAUCUGACAAAGUCAAAGGAAGAUAUGAAUAAUGUUACAGAUGUGUUUUUAUAUGGGAUUAAAGCCCUCAUUAAGCCUACGCGCCAUAUUUCUCUUCCCACAUUCUAGUUAUUUUCAAAAUCCAUGUUUAAUACUCAUUUAUGUUUCUAAUAUAGGUCAUGCUAUGUUWCAUGCUUCAAGGGCAGUAUAAAAAGCUCUUCUAAAGAUAUUUUUAAUACUUUUUUGUGCAACUUAAAUGAUAAUUUGACUUAAUUUAAAGCAAAAAUUGAAACUGCGUUUUCUUGUGUAGGCAAAUGUGGUUCAUUCACUUAAAACUGUGGUGACCAAAAAAGUAUGGAAAGUUAAAAGGAGCGUUGCCAAUCUCAAAUUUAUCUUUCUACUUUCAAAACUGUAAUGCUAAAAAUGAAAAUUCUUGUCAUUCAGAGCAAAAACAUCCCACUAAGUGUUUCAGUAUUAAUGUGAUUGAGAUGUUAUAGCAUGAAGGUAUUUUGGCAUUAAAGCAAUUAUAGAACAAAGUGACUUUUAAAAUGCAGGGUAGAUGGAAUCAUUUCAGUUUUAGGUCAAGUUGUUAAUUUUUUUUAGUAUUUUCAUCUUAUUUAUACAGUUUAUUACAAAUUUGAGGGCUGAGAACUACACUGGGAUGUACAAAUAGAAAUAUUUAAGUGAGAGAUGAUUUGAAUCCUCCAGUUUAGUGCCUUUUUAUUUUUGAUGUCAUUAAAAAAUUAUUCAGAUUUUUAGGAAUAAAAGCYUCAGGACCUGCUGGCUGAUGAGCAGGUUUAUGUUGCAAGUUUUGAAAAACAAUGCACAAAAAUUCAAAAUGGGCUUAAUGAGGACUUUUCUCAUGUUUGACCUUAUUUUAUUCACAUUUGUUCUAUUGUGUAACCUUAGUUCAGUCCAUACAUGUGUUUUAUCUUAAUGGUUUAUUUAUUCUAUUGAUGCUUGUACAGCAGUUUUGUGCUUUUUUUAUAGUAAACUCAUCACAUCACCAUUUAUACUGUUACAGUGGAUGUAAUCACGUUCCACAUACUGUUAAACAACUUAUGCAACAACAGAAGGUURGGUUUUGAAACAUUUGUCUUCAUCAACCAAGUGUAAGACUCAAAUAGAGAAGGCCAAAGUUGCAGUGAACGUUUUGGUAGUAAUGCAGAAUACAGCUUGGUAUUUACAGGUUACAUACCUGGUAAGUACAGGGUAAUAGUACCUGGUAAAUACAGGGUAACGAGUCCCUUUAUAAUACAGUCUAGUCUCUGUGUAUCCUGUAUGUACUGGGCUGUACUGUGUUUCUACUUGAAGAGGAUUUUAUUUGAAAAACACUGUGCGYAGAAGUUUGUGAUUUUCUCUCUAAUAAAAAAAAAGAAAAGCUAAUUCUAAAUGACUCAACAGUGACUUUGCAGUGAUCGUGUAAACUGUAAACCAUAACUUGCAGUAUUUUCUUAUAGAGACAACAGAACCCAGGGUUGUGUUCUCCUAAACUUUUAGGAGCGCUUUUGUUGUUGCUUUGAUUCAUUGUUGUCUGGACCAAAGGGUCAUCAAAUAAACCUGUUUUCCAAAAUCCGAGUGGUGAACUAAGAUUUGAAUUUUGCAAAAAGAGAAAAAUUUUUCUCGUUUUGGUUUCUGGUUGUUUCUGCGUGAAUCUGUUUUGUAAACCAUGGUCCGUUAACACAAACACACACACACAGCUCUUCUAACCGUCCAGGAGUUGGUUUGGUAACAAGUUUGUGUGUAAUGGAAUUCAUCCCUAUUGUGGUGAACUUGUUGAAAUGUUUAUCGGGAAUGUGGUGAAAGCAUUUAUUAUUUUUAAGACCUCUAAAACAAAACAAAAAAAAACCUUUUUAUCCUAAUAAAAUCAGCCUCUUGAUUUUUUCAGGAGAUUUUAUUCUGAAAUUUGCAACUCUGGACCCACUGUAGACCUUUGAACUGCAAAUCAGUUUGAAAUGAAUGAAAAGCAACAUCACGUAUCAAACUAUAGCUCAAAACAGGCUCGUUUUAAAAGAACAAAAACCUGCAGUCAUCUAUUUCAAAUUUGUUUUCUGUAUUUUUAUAUACGCAAGGGGGCAAAAGAGGCUGCACACAAGAAUGAUGCUAUUUUUUUUACURGUUAGAAAAUGUUUCCAUACAUCUUUAAGUAGCAAAUAACAUCCCAAUCGCCAUUUUUAUAUCACCUGUAAGGGAAAAAAACUGUACAUAAAGUUUGUGGUUGUGUGUUAAAAGAUGUUUCUGAGUAUUAAAAUCAUGUCUUUUAAGAUGAAUUUCAUCCCUCAUCUGUCCGAGAGGACCUGCUGAUGGAAAUGUGCUUCUGACACAGAAACCUGGAAACCACAUUGUAAAUAAAGCUCAUGUAAACAUCC